AUGCAUAUACAAGUAGUAUUCUAUUUCCUCUUAACAUUAGUCUCCUUUAGUCACAUAGAAGGUAAAAACCAAAAUGAUGGUUUCACUAUUGAGCUUAUACACCGGUACUCUCCCAAAUCUCCGUUCUACAACUCUUCCAUGACCCUUAAAGAGCGCGGCCAAAGAUUAGCACUCCGCUCUGCUUCUAGGCAUCGCCACCACUUCCAGAGGCUUAUUAGCAUCGAUAUUGGUACUGACAUAAUCCCAAAUGAUGGAGAUUAUCUCAUAAAAAUCGCGAUAGGUCUCCCACCGGUUAACCUCUUUGCAAUAGCAGACACUGGGAGUGACCUCAUAUGGGUCCAAUGUAAGCCUUGUGAAUAUUGCUACUCACAAACCACACCAAUGUUUAACCCUGGAAAAUCUAGCUCUUAUAACACACUUCCUUGUAACUCAACAUUUUGUGCUAGUGAUUCCAACAUGCAGUGUACUGAUGAUUCUUCCCAAGAAUGUGAAUACUUCUAUGCUUAUGGCAAUGGAUCAACUAUAAGCGCGGGAAUCAUGGGAACUGACUUGUUCACCUUUGAUUCAACCAAGUCAUCUUGUGUGUUCGGGUGUGGGCUAGUGCAAGAUGGAGGUUUCGACAAUGAUGCAGGCGGGUUAGUAGGCCUUGGUGGUGGUCCUCUCUCGCUAGUUUCACAGCUCGGUCCUACAAUCGCCAACAAAUUCUCUUAUUGCUUAACACCUACUGACUCAAACUACACAAGCAGGCUAACAUUAGGCAGCAACAGCCAUGCUCGAAAAGGGUCAAAACAAGCUGUUACUACUCCUUUAAUGACCCAAAAAGACAUCCCUACUUAUUACAUGGUAAAUUUAAAAGGUAUAAGUAUUGGAAACAAGGAAGUAGAAGUAGAGAAAGGUAUAGUAAUAGACAGUGGUUCGACACUUACAUAUCUAGACACGAGUGAAUACUCGCGUCUUGAGGCAUUGGUGAAAGAUGCCAUAACAGCGAUGCCUAUGUGGAAACCACCAGACGAGCUCAGGUUAUGUUAUAAUAAGACUAAUUCAGCAGGAUUUAAGGCUCCCUUUAAGAUGGUCUUUCAGUUUGAUGGGGGUGACCUUAUGUUGGAGGACACAAACUUUUUCAUAGACUUUGGUGAAUAUGUUUGCUUAGGAAUUGUCCCCUCUGAUGGAGAUGAUGGUCCUAUGAUAUUUGGGAAUGUGGCUCAGGUGAACUUUGAGAUCGAAUUCGAUCUAAAAGGAAAAACGGUAUCGUUUACUCCGAGUAUUUGCAACGAAACUUAUGGAAAUGAUUUGGAUUAA